CACUCAACCCUAGAGCGCUCACCCUCUCGGCUGCAACGAUGCAGAUCUUCGUGAAAACCCUAACCGGGAAGACCAUCACCCUCGAGGUCGAGUCCUCCGACACCAUAGAUAAUGUCAAGGCGAAGAUCCAGGACAAGGAAGGCAUCCCGCCGGACCAGCAGAGGCUGAUCUUCGCCGGCAAGCAGCUGGAGGACGGCCGCACCCUCGCCGACUACAACAUUCAGAAGGAGUCCACCCUCCACCUGGUCCUCCGCCUCCGCGGUGGCGCCAAGAAGAGGAAGAAGAAGACCUACACCAAACCCAAGAAGAUUAAGCACAAGAAGAAGAAGGUCAAGCUCGCGGUGCUCCAGUUCUACAAGGUGGAGGAUUCCGGCAAGGUGCAGAGGCUGAGGAAGGAGUGCCCCAACGCCGAGUGCGGGGCGGGGACGUUCAUGGCCAACCACUUCGACAGGCACUACUGUGGCAAGUGUGGCAUGACCUAUGUCUACAACAAGGCUGGUUCCGAUUAGGCGCGCUCUUUGGCUGCUGUUUUCAGAGUAUUCUGGAUAUCUCUUACUGUCUUUGUUAAGUUUUGCUGUCUUUAGUUUGCAGUUUUGAAUAGCGAAUGGAUCAAAACUCUUAUGUUUGCUGCCAUGGAUGAUGUUAAUUGUUGAAUUUUGAUGGUUUAGAUCUGUUAUAUGCAAAACAUCGAUUUGCUCCAUAUUUGUCUCUGCUUGAUUUUGUUUCUUUUCUGGUUUAUGUAUCGUUAAAUUGUCUAGUGCGGGUAAUGAACAUUAGAUGAUGAUAAUCGUUGUGCCAACGCACACAAAUGUUGAUUUCUCAGAUGUUUAGGAGCGGUUGUUUAGAAUAAUGUAUUAGAUGGUUG